GGGGCAUUCCCUAUCCGCGUGCUCAGUCGGAAGUGGUCGUCGUUUCCCUUUCCUCCAUUGGACUCAGCCGCUGUCAGUCCUGUUCCCAGACUUCCCCUCACGCUUAACCGUCCUCCUCUCCGGCUCUCUGUCUGCUGAGACUGCCGUCAUAUUGGUUGCAAGAGCAGCAGCGACCACGGCAGAAAAGAAGACCCCCACCAUGGUGAAGAACGGGUUCUCACGGCGCCUGGAGAAUUAUUUAGCUUUUAAAUCAUUUUGAUUAGUAUUCAGCGAAUUAUAAAAACAAAAAAAAUCGGGAUGAUACCAUCAAGUAUCCGCGUACCUUUAGUGCUUUCAUCCGACACUGUGGUCCGCAACGGGGAUGUAUGCCUGACUUCUCUUAAUAGCCAUUUUCUGCAGACAAAGAGAGCUGUUGAAUAGAGCUUUCAAAAGGCACGAGGGUCCCAGGGGCUCCUAUUGAUGAAGAAAGUGGGCACCAUGUGGAGCAACCUAAAGAGCAAAUGCAAGACACUGUUUCACAGCAACGGUUCAAGUGAAAGCAGGGUUGAGGCCGAUGAGGUCCACUGUGUGGUGGAUCUUGGCCAAGGAGGUAGCUCAGGUGAGGCUCAGGCGUCAGGAGCCUCCAGCCCAUCACGGAGCCUCCUGCCUGCGCCAAUGGCACCAGCAGGACGCCGCCAUCACAACUGUGUGUCGGACAUCCCUCAGAUAGUAGAGAUCACAAUCGACAAGGACACUGAGGAUGUGCGGGGGGGAUCAGGGGGUGUUCCGCUGGCUCGUAGAGACUCCUAUUCCCGUCAUGCUCCAUGGGGGGGCAAGAAAAAACACUCGUGUUCCACCAAAACCCAGAGCUCUCUGGAGGCAGAUAGGCAGCCUGGGCGCUUACGGGGGAGUGGAAACCGCAGGGACAGGCGUUAUGGAGUCAGCUCCCUUCAGGAGAUGAGCGACUCUGUAUCUGGAGGACGCGGUCUGAAUGCUCGGUCUUUGCGCCAGCAGCUAAGUGAUACAGUGGGGCUGUGCUUACCCCUGCCUGCUCGCAGACGCUCCCGCUCAUCUAAGAAUCCCGUCAUGUCCAAGCGUAAGAUUCACCUGACGGAGCUCAUGCUGGAGACCUGCCCCUUCCCCCCAGGCUCAGACCUUGCUCACAAGUGGCACUUGAUCAAGCAACACACGGCGCCGGUCAGCCCGCAUUCCUCCACUGCCCUGCUGGAUGCCUUUGACCCGGCCCACCCCUCUCCUGAGGAUGAGGAGGAACGUCUGCGCGAGCGCCGCAGACUUAGCAUCGAGGAAGGUGUGGACCCACCACCUAAUGCACAGAUCCACACCCUGGAGGCCUCAGUGCCGGGCUCCUCUCUCUACAAACUGGGACCAAAGAUGGCUCCUGGCAUGGGAGAGGCCUCUGGGGAAGGCCGGGCCUCAGGGGCUGGCAGCUCUGCGGGUGCUGGGUCAUCGGGGGCCUGUGGGCAGGUGUUGGGGGCUGUAGCAUCAUCCCAGGACUGUGACUCUGAGGAGGAUUCCACCACCCUCUGUCUGCAGGCCAGGAGGCCCAAGCAGAGGCACGCCUCGGGGGAUGGUCACCUGAGCCGGCAGCAACCUGGGCCCUGGAAGGUUCACACUCAGAUAGACUAUAUCCACUGCCUGGUGCCGGACCUAUUGCAGAUCACCGCUCUGCCCUGCUACUGGGGCGUCAUGGACCGCUACCAGGCUGAGGCGCUGCUGGAUGGGCGGCCGGAGGGCACCUUCCUGCUGCGUGACUCAGCCCAGGAGGACUACCUCUUCUCCGUUAGCUUCCGCCGUUACAACCGCUCACUGCACGCUCGCAUCGAGCAGUGGAACCACAACUUCAGCUUUGACGCGCACGACCCUUGUGUUUUCCACUCUUCCACCGUCACAGGACUGCUGGAACACUACAAGGACCCCAGCGCCUGCAUGUUUUUCGAACCGCUGCUUACUGCGCCUCUCCAUCGGACCUUUCCCUUUGGCCUGCAGCACCUGGCACGAGCUGCCAUCUGCCGCUGGACCACUUACGAUGGUAUAGGCUCUCUGCCGCUGCCCCCUGCCCUGCAGGACUUCCUCAAGGAGUAUCACUAUAAACAGAAAGUACGAGUUCGCUGGCUGGAGAGGGAACCACCACUCAAGGUUAAAUAGGGUGGGCUUCUCCAUUGCCUGUAUACACACUGCAGAACUUAAUAAAUUCCUCAUUAGCCAUUUAGAGGCAAUAGUGACAUGGCCCUCUUUCUGGUGGGGGAUGGAAUUCAAAUGUAACAAGCUAUACAAGAUUCAUUCUAAUCUUUGUUUUAGUUAUUACUUACAUCACAGGAAAAAAAACAUGUUUAUAUUCAGUAUAACGCUGUCUGGCAAGCACAUGUUUUUGUGUUGAACAGGUUGUUUUGAUGGGAAGGGAAGGCACAAAUAUCAGCGCUUUGUGUCUUUUCUCUCCUGCUUUGUGCUAAAUGUCUGCCUGAUCCCACAACAUCACCCUGCCUGUAGACCUGCCUGCAUGCCUCCUCUAUUCAUCCCAAAUUGCUAGUUAGGCCCACAUGGCUACAUUGUACAAUUCACUUUGUGCUUUCUCGAUUACUGGACUUAUUAUUAGUUUUUUUCCUGAGCUUGUCAAAGCACCUAAUGGAGCACCUUGCAAAAGGUGUGUGUGAUCUGGAGAUGCUAUUGUUAUAUUGCAGUCAGAGCUUGCCCAUGGAUAGAGCUACAUAUGGCACAUUCUUUGCUAUCUCUUUGCACGCAUGGGCAUCAGCUAAACCAGGGACAGAUUCUCAGAGGGUCCAGAGAGUUCCGGAUAGCACAUCAGGGAAAUGAAGUGCUUUCUAAGGACUGUAGAUUAGUCCUUUAAAAGAACAGUAGUUUCUCCUUAAGCAGUAAUGGUGAAUGAUGAAUCUAUCUACUGUGUCCUAUUUAGUGAGCAAGCUGAACUUUAGCUUUAUUCCCAUAGUGCGGCAUUGCUUUCAAAACCGAAUAUUUUCUUACAAUCUGUCCCUCCUAUCUAUCUUUUCGCAGCAGUCUGUCCUUUAGUGGUCUUCACUGGCCACAGACACUUAUGCACACAGUUCAUUUCAUCCCGUAUGAAAUUUUUCUCCUAGGGUAACAUUUGAUCAGUCUGGUGUUUUUAUGGAAUUGUGUUAUGGCUUCAUAGCACUUAGUUUUACACCUGUGUCCUUCAUUUAGUUUCUUUUGGUGGCAUCUGGAAUACAGAAGGCUUUUACCCAGUGAAUCCUAUUUAGCAAUUUAUCUUCACUGGACACUUGCAACUAAGUCAUUUCAGAGGAAUUGAGGGUAUAUGUGACGAGCUUUUAGGUGAAGACAGAAGAUGAAAAUCCCAAACGUCCGCGUCCCUUUUAAACGGGACUGUGAACAGAUCCACUCCACAUAUAGUCAAAGAUCAGAAAUGGUGAGCACAGCUAAUCUCUCAACAAGAACCACGUUAAAACGUGUUGAGCUGCUUUCAUGUAGACCCCUGUGUCACCAACCAGAAAUAAGUGAUAAUAGCCUUUUCUUGGAGGUGAUGUCCAUCACUUUACAUCUCUUAUAACGAUAAGGUCUCAACUCCAACAAAUUCCCUCGUUGCCCAGUGGCUUUGGUAGUCCCAGUUGUGGCACUGAGUGCAGGCAGCACUCAACCCUCGAGAGGUUGGCAUAUCUUUGAGCCUUUCUUUUAUGUAAUUUGAAUGAUUUGAAUGAUUGUGUUCCCUAUGACAAAAGCACUGCUGGCUAGCCAGUCAUUACUUUAUAUUCUCAUUGUGAAGAGAAAAUAAGUAUAACCGAUGUGCCUUUUUAGAGAACCAUUUAUUUUUAUUUUCCAUAAUCGAUUGUUUUGUAGUCCAAAUUGGGAACAGAAGGUGCUUCAACACAGUCCAGUCAGAUGCCAUCAAAUGAGACUGAAGAGAAUUAUAAUGAAAUGGGACAUGAGCUGUGAGCUCACAUACUUGUGGUGCACGCUCAAGUUUAAAACAAAUUCAAUUUCAGUGGUGCUAUGUUGGUUAAGCUAUGACAGGUUAUUGAAACGAUACAUUGUACAUUAGUUAAAUUACAUCUCUAACUAAUGCAUGCGUUAGUCUCUCGCCACAUUAAGGCCUGUAUGGGGGUAUGAGAUUGUUAGCAGGUCCAAUGCAAGCCCCACUGUAGCAUAUUUCAUGAUAACGAUGUCCAGCCAAGUGCAGGUUGUACUCUGCAACUUAACAGAUUCUAAAGGGAGGGCAUGAAAGUUUACUCUUUUUGAUCCAACCUCUGACAUCGUCCAAGUUAGCCAUAAGCAAUUAAAUAAAUUCACCAGCAACAGCGGUUGCUCUAACUCGUCGUAGUAAUAACAUUAUGAAUACACAUGAGAGGGUUAGAGAAAUGCAGGCAGAGUGGUUCCUUUUACGGCAAUUUUUUAACAAAUCUAAACUGGAAAGUGUGCUGAUGAAAACCCAGCAGGUAAUGUGUAAAACUCAAAUAUUACAGCAGGAAAACACAUAAGAUCAUGAUCACUGGAAAGCUUAAAUAUAAGCUUAUGUUCUCAAACUAGUUCAUGUAUUAGUUUGUGCGUAUAUCAACCCGCACAUAUGUUAAAGGUUAUUGGGAGUUUUCAUCAGUGAGGAUGAAUCAUGAACAAAUGUCAAGUGUUUUUCUUUACCCAUGAAUAUCUGAGCCUGUGACCAAAGCGCUUGCACACAGCUAUGUGUAAUAAGUAGUAGGCUAAAGCUUAAAAAUGUGUUCAAUGGCGUUAGAAUAACGCCGACUUAUAUUUCAGAAUUACAAACUGUUGAAAGUUAGUUCUGCUCUUCUUUGUUAAUUAAUUUUAUAGGGGAAAGAACCUGGCCCUGUGAAGCUACACACCUACACCCUGAAAUUUAACAGUGAAAACCUUCUCUCUGCAAAACCCUUCUCAUUUUUUUCACUCGUUUAUCAGGCAGGAAACAUUUGAUCAGAAUGUAACAAACAAUUCGAAAACAGUCCCAAAUGUUUUCCACUGCCCUGCACUUUGUUCUCAGAAAGCUUGAAUAGCGCAUGUUAAUCCCUUGUAUGUGUUAGGAGUGGCGGGAGCGAGUUUUGACAUUUUGAGUUGCUUUUAUGUGCACUUUCAUAAUUCAGGAUUUUGAGCACCCACACUGUCAAAGAAAUAUGUAUUUUUUAAAAACCCACACGCAGCAUAUCAUCAUGCUUACUGUGCCCUACCGAUCAUGCUACUGCAUAGCAAUAGCAUACAACGCCUCAUAGUGCCCCACCCCACUUGCAGGCACUAAUCACAGGCUAAUUUUACCAUUUUUGGGAUAUAAAUUGACUGGGUACUAAAAGGGCCACUCUGUGUUGCCUCACGCUGCUGCUUGGCUGAAGGAGGCCUUUUUUAUUAUUAUUCUAUCCAUCUGGCCACAUCCCUAACCUCCCUGGGCUGAUGUGGAGGUGACUGUGGCGCAGAAUGAACUAAAGCCCGUUUGUCCUCCCCUCUGCUCUCCACCAAGGCCGAACGUUAACGUUAAGGAGCCGGGAGGAGGCGAGACGGAGCUGGCUCCCGGAGAGCCCAGGCUUCUUGUUGUGGCAACGGCUUCCUCACAGAGAGGGUGACGGAUUCGUUGAAGUAAAAUAGCACUUUAAUUGUGUACUUGUGUUCCACAGUGCAGUCCGCAAGUAUUAGGACAGUGUUUUCUUUUAGCUGUGUUGGCUCUUUACUCCAGCAUAUUGGAUUUGAAAGGACAGUUGGCUUUAGUAACAACUUAAGGCUUUUAUUUGCGUCCGUAUUGGGUGAACAUGGUAGGAAUGUACUGCUUUUGUACAAAUUCGCCCACUUUUAGAAACCUGAACUUAAGUCACGACAUUUUACUAUUUGGU